GUUUCCGGACAUUACCUCGGACCGAACUUGGGAAAUUUGUUGCUCAAACUGAAGAAUUACCCCUUGGCAAAAGACUCAAUUCCCUAUCUAGAUAUCUGGAUUUCUAAGCCUUACAGCUCAAAGUUAGUCGAAACAAUUUUGAAGGAUCAAAAAUGAAAAGUGAAAACAUACUUCGUUGGGCGGUUCUUGCUCCUGGUAGGAUUGCAAGGACGUUUGUAGGCGAUUUGUUGACCGAUCCCGCGACUCGGAACGUUACCGAUAUUUCACACAAGCUCGUUGCAGUUGGGUCAAGGUCACUCGAUAGAGCUCGAGGAUUUAUAGAUAGUUUUGAACAACUCAAAGGCCAAGAUGUUCGAGCCUAUGGUUCAUAUGAAGAACUGGUACAAGAUAAAGAAGUAGAUAUCGUUUAUAUUGCCUCUCCUCACAAUUUUCAUCAUGCACACUCUAAAUUAUCUCUUUUAGCCGGUAAAAACAUCCUUUGUGAAAAACCAAUGACAGUGAAUGCGGAACAAGCUGAAGACAUUUUCCGAAUCUCAACAGAGAAACAACUUUUUGCCAUGGAAGCUGUAUGGACGCGAUUUUUUCCAUCUAUACCGAAAAUUCAAGAAAUAAUUGAUACUGGUAAAAUAGGAGAUGUCCUACAGGUGCAAGCGGAUUUCGGCAUCCCAUCUGACCCAAAAACGGUCCCGGCAAGUGAUAGGAUCUUUAAUCCUGAGUUAGCCGGAGGCGGAUUGCUCGAUUUAGGGGCAUACUGUUGGACAUGGUUAGCGGAGACUUUAUUAGCCCAAUCCACAUUAUAUGCGAAGGACUCCCAGGAUAUGAGCGGAAGUACUUACGUCUCGAAAGAUAUAAUGAUUCCCAAAAUCAAAGCUUCUAGUGUGAUGUACCGUCAUCCAGAGGCUAAACCAGAUUCACUACCAGUUGACGGUUCCACUGUAGCUAUACUAGAAUUUCCCAUGGCUUCUGGUAAAACCAUCCAAGGGAUUAUGGAGACCAGUAUUACUCGUCCAACUUUAGAAGAGAGAGCUGUGACUAUUUAUGGUUCUACUGGACAAAUUAGAAUACCGUUUCCCACUAACGCUCCACAUGAGUUUUUUGUUAGUGAUUAUAUCAAACAUACUGAAAAUAUCAUAAUAUAUAAUCCAAACCCUCAGAAACCUGUGGAGACGAGAUAUUUUUAUCCAAUGCCAAGUGAAGGACUUGGUUACAUGUGGGAAGCAGAUGAAGCAGCAAGAUGUAUAUUUGCUAAAAAACUGGAAUCUCCUGUUGUCCCGCAUCGAGAAACGGUCCGUACGAUGAAGGUUCUUGAUGAGAUCAGACAUCAAAUUGGUUUGGUGUAUCCACCUGAGGUUGAGCAAGCCUAAAACUUGGAUCCAGGAUUUAUCAAUUCGAUUGGUUUUUGAAAGGCAUACAUAUGUGUUAGUCUUGAGUUAGAAUGCUCUCCUGUGUUUUCGGAGAUUUGUUUCCAGUAUCCCAGAAUAUUUGUAUUUUCAUGGAUACAAAACUGAAGUGUUAGGGCACGUUUGGUAGCGCUUUUUGUAGGGAGUUUAUUGGAAUAAACUCCCUUGAAAUUUGGAAAAAACGCUGUUCAAAAAAAGUCGUUUGGCAGCGAUUACGGUACCC